AUGCCUGAAGUACGACGGGGCAGUCUUGCUCCCUUAUCUGACUCUGCUCUCUCAUCACAAGAACCGGCCGGAGCACCCGGCGUUACUCGUCCAUCACAGUCUCACCAAUCUUCUACUGAUCGCGUGCGCUUCAACAUUCCUGAGGAUUCUACAUCACCAACAUCACCGCGUGAACCUCUCGAUUCAGCUUUUGCAGAGCUACCCCGACGAACAUCUGAGGGUAGGCGAACUUCGGAAAUUCCUAGAAGGAGCUCUGAUGCACCUCGACGAAGCUUGUCAUAUGCCCAACGCCCCGAGGCUGAAGCAUACUACGAUUCUCGAGCAGCUACUCAAAAAGAAUAUCGACGACGAGCAACAACUCUCUUAGAGUACUACGACGAAAACCCCCAACUACUACCGCAGCUUCCGUUUACUUGGCAUCAUGGCUGGAAGCGUUGGAGACUUUUCUUCUUUGCAUUCCUCGUCUUCGUCGACGCAUCCGCCGUUCCGAUCGCUCUAUACUACGGCAUGAAGUACGCUGGCGAUGUCGAAGGCUGGAUUAUCUUUGCUGUUGUGACGACCAUCUGGGGUGGCCCCACGUAUCUCGAGUUCGCUCUCCGUACCCUCCGAUUGAUCAAGGUGGACAGGUUCUAUCGACCCCUGGGAACGAAUCAUCGGUGGUGCUUCGAUAUGCUGACGUACUCGUCCACCCUUACUAUCUUCGUCGUCACGGCAUUAUUUAUCAUUGGCAGCGCUCCGCAUAAUGUGUGGUUGAGGGUUCUGUGCAUGCCUGCUCCGGCGAUCCUGUACUGUUACGGCGGUACACUCUUCCUGAUUACUCUUUAUCACCAGAUGAACUGGCCUGCACCCUUCCGAAUCAGCUCCACUGCCAAGGGUGAAAAGGUUCUACCAGGUGCCUAUUACUUCAUCGAGGAUGUUAUCGCGGUUAAUGCCCUCGGUGGCCGACCCUAUCGGGAGGCUUUAGCUGCCCGAUACAAGGCCAGUCCUCGCUUCCGAGAGAUGGUUCACAAGCAAUCCUGGUUCUGGUCCGUUCCUGCACUCGUACUCGCCGUUCCCCUGACCGUUAUCUCCGUCAUUCCCCAGGUUCCGGCUACUGGUGCCUACGGUGUUGCAUGGGCUGUCCCCUUCCUGUGGGCAGUGGUCUGGGGUAUCAUUACCAUUCACUGGUGCAAGAGAGACAUGAAGCGAGAGAGGGAAGAGUGGGAGCGAGGUGUCGACCCCGAGAAGGAAAUCAAGAGAAAGGGAUCAUCUUUUGAGACAGCUUAA